CUGGAUUAAAUGGUUUUUGGCAUUUCUGCAUUUAGAAAGUAUAUGGCUUGGCUCAUCUCGAAAGAGUCUAGCCUAGAACUGCACUCAGACUGGGGCAUGUCACAAAGUGCAUUAUUUGGAGUCAAAAGUAAUGGUGAAACAACGAUCUCAUGCUAAUUGAUCAGAUAACGCUAAUCUGGCUGGGAUGGCUGACAUCCAUGCAAGUACUUGAACAAUCUCUCUCAAUGAGGUCCACUGUAGAUUCUUAGCAUGUCAGGCAUAUCGAUAGCAUUCUCAUGUCAGAGUUUGAUGUCUGUGAUUGGUCUGAUCAAACCAUUGAAGUUAUUUUGACUCGUUCGGGAAUGCACCCCUACGAUAGUAUAUAUUGGGAUUCUGUCAACUCGAUCGACAUCUCAACAAAUGGACGCCACAGUACGCCUCUGGGUCCAUGAAUAUGAUAUCAAAUGCUUAGUACUAAAAGACGUGAGCUAUCCCCGCAGUUCGAUGAGUAAGGCUGAAGGAGGGGAGUUCUGGAAGGGCGAAUUCCUUGCAUGGAGUUUCUGUCACGAUCCCGAAUUAACAGUAAUUAAAGUAGGCGCCAUCCCCGCCCCCAAUGACCCACUUACAAGAACUGAUGGGGAUCGACAGAUCGCCUCGGCCGGAAUGAUAAAAUUCUUACAUAGUAUGGAGUAGACUGUAGGUUACUAAGAGGUUGGCUUACAGGUUGCUUGCACUUGCGCGAGGUUGAGCCAAGAUCCUCCUUUGUGUAUUGUUCCUUGCUGGAUGCACCUUGAUCGCAACGUGUGCGACUGUAAGUCGGUUAAAUGAUUCCAGAAACAUCCAAGCGCGUAUGCAUUGAUCUUCUUAAUUUCGGGGAUGCAUAGGCUAUUUUUAAUUCCUGUAAGUGUGCAGGCCUAAGUAUGAG